AAGCACAUCUACUGAAACUCCUCUCUACUACUACCACCAUGGGUUCUUUCCUUAGACUGUGCACUUUCCUGUGCUUCGUUGCUGUGAUUUCUGGCCAGUGCUUUUUUGAGCCACUAGUGAUUGAAAACAUCAACGAACUACCAACAGGUUGCCAGGACAGAAAAGGGGAUAUCCAUCCAUUUGGUUCUAACUGGGUGACUGAGAACUGCUAUUCCUGUGACUGCACAAAGGGUGGCGCUGGUUGUUGCAACACAAUCCCGAAUAUUGUGGUGAUGCCUGAAGAUUGCCAGCAGAUAGUGGAUAAGAAGACCUGCACAUCCAAAGUGGUGCUGAAGUCAGACCCAUCCGUUGAAUGUCCUGGUGGGAUUUCUGCUGUGUUGAAAUAAACCAAAAUCAUAUUUUAA